AUGCCAGCAUACACUUCGGCUUCAGGCCUCAUCAAGCAUCUGAGAGCACCCAACGAUCCUCCGCAGCCGGACCUCCCGUCAAAAAUAGACAUCGCUCUCGCUGCAUGGAAUGACUUUUCUUUCCACGUCCCCCGCAAAGCUGAUGUGCUUCGAGAUUGGGUUUUAGAAUCUUGGACAAGAAAUCAUAAAGGCUCGCCUGCUCAAGCACCAUUACAGAUUAUCUCCUCCCUGUUCAAGUCGCUCGGCAACGCAGACGAGGCUCUCCUCGCAAUAUCCUGCCAGACUAUAACACUACUAUUCCCCUCUCAGCAGCUCAUACACAAGACCGAAGCGUACGCCGAAGUAUGGAUCGCACAAAUCGUCGCUGUUGCCUUACCUGCUCACUGCAAGGCAUAUCGAACCCAUUGUACGCUUCAAAACAGACUGACCCAAACCACCUCGGCCUUGCUCUUCACACCAACCACACUUUCCGAUCCCUUGCAGCCAAUUCUUUCCCAACCAAUCAACCACUAUCUACCCUUCGCUCUGCCAGCCCUCUUUCAUUCCCUCAUCAGCAUCUACCACACACAUCGCUACUCCAUCUUCACUCAAGCGUCCAGCAGUAAGCUUCCUCAUGAUGUCUUUGUCGCUUCCAAAGAACGUGAUGCCGUACGAAACGCUUUGACCCAGUUCCUCGCAUAUCUCGAAACGUUCCCCCCUUCCCUAGAGCUACAUACCGCCCGAUCAUCCCUCUGGCAAUCAAUAGAAUCAUGGGGAGGUUAUGUUGAAAGGGAAAUAACAUGGGGUCAACUUCUCCGAGCAGAAGCUCAUCGGUCGGAACAGGCAUUAUCAUCCAACGAUCCCGCUGUCAUCGGUGUGAUUCUUUUCACCUUGGCAGUCCUCGAGCGGCUUGAUCACGAUCAAGCGCAAUUAGGACCAAACAUCGUCCGAUGGUGUCUUGCCGUGAGUGUUACCAUAGCGAUUCCCGCUGACGAUCAGUGCCCCGCGACCCAUCGUGACGUCGCUGGAUCCGUUCUCUCCUCCCUAUUGCGCUUUUUCCAACUCACGCACUCCCUACCAGCAUUCUUCCGGCUCAUCGUCUCCUCCCUCAAUGGGCUAUUUACGGCAGACCUCCCUGACGACAUCGUUUCUUCACUAUACACUCUUAUCACCGAAGGCCCGCUUGUGGGAAAACAUCUUCGCCAAGAUAUGAUCUACACAUUGCGCUCAGUCGGUAAUGCCCGUGGUACUACCAACGAAAUCGUCACACUCCUAGUACUUCACCUCGAGCAAUCACGGUCAACUGCAUCCGCUGCAAUGAUCGGUGUCACAAGUAGACUUAUAUGUUACUGCUUGCAAGCCAAAUCUGCAACUGACGCAAUCUCCGAUCUUGUCUCACUACUUAGCACAUGGUCGCCUACCGCCAACCCUGUCAUCGAAGCGGGUCGAUUGCGAAUCGCUCGAAAUGUAGAACGCUUUCUACACAGUUCCUGCACCCCUUACCCCAAUCUCCCAAUUCACAGUCUCCCUGAACUAUGUCUGGAAACAUUACGCUUCAUAUUCCACCGGGGUGCCCUAGAGGCCCUUCCGAUUGACACAAUUGAUGCAGUCCUCAUCCAUCUAUCAAACCCGAGCAGCGAGCAAUGGCAAGUGGUGAUAGAUCAAGGCAUCGUCCUCCUAGAGUAA